AUGUUAUUGUUGGAUAUGAUGAGUGCCCCAAACGCACAGUUUGAAACAUUGGCACCUGUUCAACCGAAUACAGCAAACUACUACUGGGGAAAGCCAACGUCAUCGAUCGAUUGGUGCGAACCAAAUUAUGUAAAGUCUCCAUAUAUCUGUGAAUUCUAUAAUACAUUGUCGAGUUUGGUGAUCACAUUCUACGCACUUUACGGAAUGUACCUGACCAAUUGCACGUCGUUCUCUGGUCACAAUACCUAUCAUCUAAAGGUUCUGGCAUCGCUAGGACUCAAAGGUCGCCUCAAUCUCGGACUCUUCUCACUUGCCAUCGUCGGUAUUGGAUCGGCGGCAUUCCACGCCACCCUCCUCUAUCAGAAUCAGUUGUUUGACGAACUCCCUAUGAUCAUUACCUCACUUAUCAUGUUGUAUAUUUUGGUUACAGUUGGUGAAGAUGCCAACAAACGUGGAUACCAAGGUGGAAUUCUUGGAAACUCUUGGAUGCGUCACGCCAUGCCCUACUUCCUCACUGCCUACGGUUUGAUUGUCUCUGUCUGGAUCAUUGUUAUUCGUGACCAGCCAAAGAUCUUACAGGUAUCGUAUGGUGCAUUGGUUGUCUACAUCAUCUUCCACUCGUUCUACAUCAUCAAGCGUAAGAACAUCGGAGUGUUCUCCGACCGAAAGUCACCGGAUGUCUACCUCUACAUCUACGCAUUCAUUGCAUUCGCCGUUGGUUAUGCAUGCUGGGUUAUCGAGCGUCAGUUUUGUGUCGAUGGAUAUGUCAUCUAUGGUGUACAACUCCACGCACUCUGGCAUAUCGCCACCGGACUUGGUGUAUUCGUUUGGAUUCAAUUUUUAAUUUGUAGUUUACUAGAAGCCAAAUACUACUCUGUUUCACUUCAACAUUUCAUUGGAAUACCAUCUGUUUAUGCCGAUCCAAAAAGAGCAGAAUAA